AAACGUGAUUCAACUUCACAACAAGAAGCGAAGCACUAAAUAUUUCCCAGAACCGGAGAACUUUUCUCCUUCUAUCCGAUCAUUUUCGUGUCGUUAAUCACCGGUGGAAAUCGCCAAGGUUUAGCUUAGAAAAGUCUCUCCCUCCCUUCUUUUUCUACCUGGGUAUCUACGAUCGUAAACCUCAAGCAUCACUUGAGGAGGAGAGGAAAUGUCAAAGACUUGCAAGGGGCUUGCACUGGAACUGGUCAAGUGUCUCAGUGAAUCCGAUUGCAUCAAGAUUGAGAAUCGACCAUAUAAAGAAUGCGCAGGAGAGAAGAGCCCUUCAAUACCAAGUGAGUGUGUGGGACUUAGAGAAACUUAUUUCAAUUGCAAAAGAGGCCAGGUGGACAUGAGAGCUAGAAUUCGAGGAAACAAAGGUUAUUAAGUGCAUGGGACUGCUUGAAUGACCCUUCCUGCAGGAUGGAACCUGGAUAUAGAAGAUGAUUGCCUUCUUAGCUUUACCUUUCCCAUAGCAGUAGAAACACACCCUACCUUGUACUCAAGGGAUUUUGUUGCUUAGGUGAUUGCUGGAUAAUGAUCAUGUAGAUCCCUUUUCUUUUUGUUUUUGGGUUUGCUUUUCCAAGUUCUUACUGACUACUGAGACAUGUAUGAUGAGAAAAUCAUUUUUUUUUUGAGAAAGAGAAUAUCAUUGAUUAGAACGA